AUGGCAUCAUCAAGCAUCUCGAGACAGGCCCCUCGCCUGCUUGGCCGAGCAAUGCGCAACCCCAAGAUGGCGGCCUCAAGCUUCCGCGCUCUUCCCAGCAUCUGCCGCGCAGCCACGCCCUCAAUUUCUUCGCAGCGACGGCAAUUCUCGGCGCAAGUGAUGUUGCGCAAGGGCAUCAUGCCGGAUACUUCCAACCCGGACAAGGCGCCUACCGGAAAUCAGAUCACGUUUGUUGCCGCUGAGCUCUCCGACGAGGAGUACCACGACCUCUCCAACGAAUAUCUACACGACCUCCUGGAGAAAUUUGAGACUCUCCAGGACGACGGCUCCCCAGUUGAUUUUUCCAACACAAAGUCCGGCGUCAUGACCGUGACCGUAGCCAACAAGGGCACCUACGUGAUUAACAAGCAGCCCCCCAACAAGCAGAUCUGGCUCUCAUCGCCUCUGUCCGGCCCCAAACGAUACGACUUCUGCGUUGCCAGCGAGGGGCAGGGAGACAAGGAAGGUACGGCACUUGGGACGUGGAUAUACGCACGGGAUGGAUCGAGCUUGGACGAGCUUAUACACAAGGAGAUCGAAGUGGAUCUGUGA